AUUGCUGCGCGAAAUUACUGACGCCAAAUUUCUGGCCGAGGUCAUGCUGGUGUCGCCAUUUAAAUGUAACCUUAGUUGUCCCACGAGCAAAGUGACCCCAAAACUUGUGUAAAAUAAUAUUUACUUCAAAGGUAUUUGAUAUAAAGCCACUUGUAUCUACAACAACUAAGUAAAUAUCGAACAUGAAGUUUGCCUCAAUAACACCACCAAUUUGACUUAAUCAUUAUCUAUAUUACCGUUACUGAAGAAGCAAGUGACUAUUUUUAUUUUGAAACUUACAAUUAGUUUCAUUAUCUUCUAGAUAUGAUUAUUUCUGGUGGUCAAAAUAUUGAAAUUCCAAGCCAUGCACACUUCGGAAGGUACAUGUUAUCGAACCUACGAAAAGCAAACGGCAACGAUGUGUGCCUGGAAAAUGGUAUAACUCGAGAGAAAUUAACAUACAAAGAAGCCACACAAUAUGCCGUUAAUCUGUCUGUGGGCCUCUCCGAGCUGGGGGUUAAAAGAGGGGAUGUUGUUGCGAUUGGAUCCGAAUAUUUUCUGCAUUAUGUACCAACAGCUCUAGCUGUCACAUUUACUGGGGCAGCUUACACUACCUACGAAAUGGGUAUCGGAAGAGCUGUGCUGAAACACAAACUACAGUUAGUAAAACCAAAGUAUUUUAUUAGCUCUGUCCGAUUUUGGCAAACAUUUAAAGAUUUACUGAAGAGCUUCGACUGUAUAGAGACGUAUAUAGCAGUAACCGAUAUUCCAGAAUUACCAUAUUCUUUAAAUUCUUUAAUUAAAGUGGACGUAGAUGUCGAAAGCUUUGAACCAAAGGAAGUUCAGGGCAAUACAGAUACAGUUUUAAUUUUGUAUUCAUCGGGUACGACAGGAAUGCCCAAAGGAGUGCAAAUGACCCAUUAUAGUUGUAUAUAUAACUCUUUGCCGGAUGCUUUCAGACAAAAGCCAUCGCUUCAAACUGCAUUCAUAUUAGUGGCUAUCGGUAAUAUUGUAACAUUCAUGACCUACAAAUUUCUUGCCCUCGGAAGAAAAGUUGUAUUUACAACUGAUUUUACGCAAGAGAAACUUCUAUUACUUUUGAAAAACAAUAAGAUCGACGUCAUAUUUACUUUACCAAAUGACAUUCGCCAACUAGCAUUGUCGGUUACGCCGGAAAAUGAUUAUUUUGAAUCUGUGGAAAUGAUCUAUUCUCGGUCAGCGCCACUGCGAGAACAUACUAUCAAACAAUUACAAGAAAAGCUUCCAAAGGUAAAAUUUAUAAUCCAAGCCAUGGGAUCGACUGAAUGUGGGGAGCCAAUGUCAGAAAUUUGGGCUCAAAAACCGAAACCAGGCAGCGUAGGUGUAGUAAGUCCCGGAGUGCAAGUGAAAAUUGUAGAUGUAAAUACACGAAAAUUUUUGGGUCCCAAUCAACAGGGAGAGAUUUGUGUGAAGGGUCCAAUGAAUAUGAAAAGCUACAUAGAUAUUGAUCGCGUCGAUUAUUUAGACGAAGACGGAUACUACAAGACUGGCGACUUGGGAUAUUUUGAUGAAGAGCAUUACUUUUACAUCAUCGACAGACUAACUGAUAUAAUCGAUGUGAAUGGGUGGAAGGUUUCGCCUGUGGUACUUGAAAAUAUUCUACUGCAGCACCCUGAAGUCCAAGAUGCCGGAGUAAUAGGAAAACCGGACCCGAUGGCCGUGCCCACUGAAUAUCCUAUGGCAUUCGUUGUUAAAAAGCCAGGAAGUCAAAUCACAGAACGAGAAUUGAUCGAGUUCGUUGCGUCUGAGGUUACGCCGUAUAUGCAGUUGAAAGGUGGAUUACGAUUCAUACAAGAAAUACCUAGGAACCAACGAGGAAAAAUUUUACGAAGACAACUUAAAGAAAUGUUAUGCGAUUCUUUUUAAAUCAUAGUUUAUGUUUUCUUUAUUCACCUUCUCAGAUUUGUUAAAUACAUUUUUUGCGACGAAUAUUAUUAUGUAUAAUUGCCUUAUGUGUUAUAUUUUUCAUUUAAGUAUCGUUCAAGUUUAUGUUUUAUUGUUUGGUGAAUUUGUAUGCUUGCGGCUUUGUUUGUAAUUUGUAAUGUAAUAAAAACUAUACAAACCCAAAACAAUUUUAUUUUAUUUGGUUAAAAUGGAGACAUUUUAUUGAAUCAUAGAUUCUUAUCAUACAGCGGGGGUAAUGAUUCGACUACGGACAAUGGAAUGGUCCAGGACAUAUCGUAACUCGCCGACAACAAGCGGCUGGAUCCCGAACAAAACGGUCACGUGCUGCGACUGUGAUUGUAACCGAGUAAAAAUAUCCAACGGCGGAGAAAUAAAAUAAACCUGAAAGAAUGUAUGGCUUGCAUUACCAAACGACAGGUUAGCUGAUACACAUAGGUAAUAUAAACUGAACUGAAACAACUACGAAAUGCAGCAGUGAUGUUGCAUAGUGACACUGAUGUAGAUUGCAUUGUUGCACAAAAUGUCAAAAUAGUUAUUUACGAUACAAGUGGUGGUAGAAGGAGGUAGUGGAAUGGUGAUAAAUUAAAAUACGACCGAAGAGAGUAUUCUAAAUUGACACGAGUUGCGAAUUACCUAUUCGCACAGCUCUUUAAAGUUUCGACAUAUGCACGGAAAGUAGGUACUCAUUCCCGCACCGGUGCGGGAAAGUUGCACCAUAUGUACUGUAAAGGUAAUUUUAUCAAGAUAAUUAUAUGACUUUUUCUGCAGCAUUGCAGACUGUAGUUUUAUUUCGCAGUAUUGCUGUUGUCUACAUUGUGGCUACAAAUAUUAAUGAUUUAAAUGACAGCAUGCCUUUUCUGCGCCGUAAGUAAAUCGCAGAGUGGCAUAAAAAACCAGUAAAAUCUAAGUAGCGUCGAACGAGCAUCGCCUAGCUUGAUUCAUCUAUUACCAACUAAAAGAUACACAGCAAUAGCACAGAUGAUUCUUUCUUGAUAAAUUAACUAUUAAUAAAAAUAUAAUUUACUAUGUUGCAAUCGAACAGCGGUAAAUCGGUAUUUUUGUCACGUAGUACAAAAGUUGGGGCCAAGUAACAAAUGAGACGUGGAAAAAUCGUAGAAAUAUGUGAGCUGAGUUGAUUCUUCCCGAGUGUUCCUGAUGUCCAACAUAUGUAUGCGGGAUUAAUGCCACGCGAUAAAUCUUUCGCGCAAGUAUCACGUAGAAUAUUAGUCACUUACAUAUAACAAGUCACUGUAUUUAUUCCCAAGAUAGAAAAUUGCAUUAUAUAUUAGUUUUUUAUUUAUUUAUUGUAUUCAACUACCUUUAUACUCCGUACAAUCGUACAUAUCUGCUCUAAUAUAGUAGUAGGUGGUAUGUUUUUACCAAAAAACGCAAGUAUUAUCACUAUAUUUUACCUAACAUUUUAAUGCUUUUGUUAAACAAGGAAAUAAAAAUGCAAACCCAUCAGCAUCUGAUUACACAAGUUAUAGGAAACUUCAUUUAUGCUUCUGCGACUGAAGUUAAUUUAAAAGAUAUCAAUAUAUUUUAAUAAAAAGAGGACUUGUAAAAUAAUAAUUUUUUCGAACAGUUUAGGUAAUUUAACAAUGAUAUAGACGUUAUUAAUAUGUUACCAAGAAAGUUAUUGAGUUGCUAAGUAGUAACAUGUUCUCAUGUAUCGUUUUUUAGAAUAGGAUCAUGGCAAGAUAAAAAGAAAAUUUAAUCUGAUAUCGCUCGUCAAAUCAAAAUUACUUCAAAUGUAUAAAAUUAUAAGCGUCACACAAGCCGGGCCAGAACAAAAUUUAAUUGCAUCCCUGGUGCAUCAGGCAACCCGCAAAGUUUCAAGGAAUUUUAUUAGCUGUUUCAUACUACAAUAUGUUUACGCGUUAGCUAGCGUAAAUAUAUUUUCCAAUAAUCCCAACUAAGUAAUUCAGUUGGUCACAAAUUCGUCCUAAAGUAAACACAGUCUCAUUAGUGAACUUUCCCCAACGACCGCUAAAGAAUUGACUGCGGAGUAAGAGCUCUGCUAAUAGGUCGUAUUAUCCCGGGACUACUAACUGGAUACUUCGAGGCUAUUUUACUCUAUUUACAUUAAAGGUCGUAACUGACAGGGCUGGAUUAAUAAAUUACACCCUUUGGUUCUAGCAGGGCAGUGUUUCCCGCAACACUCCCAAGGGCUUCAGAGAGUACUACGUUAUCCCAAGAGGUCAGCCGUAAUGCAAAGCAUUGUGCAUAAUCUUUACUUUAUUUUAUGGUACAUGAAGUACUUACAUGUAUUUCCACUUUCAUUGGUUUAUGUGACGGUGAUUAUGAAUUGAAUACUUUCUAACUUAUUGAUCACUGUUGAGUGUUGAUGCGUCAUGGAUACGUUUAAAUUAUAUACAACACAAAUGUGUAUAAUGUGGAGGCCUAUUCGGAUCCGUUAUCAAUUUUGCAAUUAAUUUAAAAUAAGGGUUUUUAGGGUUGGCGUAUUUUAAUACGUGCCCUAAAUUCCCCUUUAGUGCACAACUUCGACUGAGGUAGCAACAUUAAGGAUUUGGUAUAAGUUUCAGUAUAUUUUAUACAUUUAGUUAUUUAACUAAUACAACAGGGUGUAAUAUAAUAUUGAUUUUAUUAUUUAAAAAUAUUUUUACACAAUUUCAUUUAUUGGGAACGCAAUGGCAGUAUAUCUAUUUCUUGGUAAAAUGAUCAUGGUAAUGUUUUACUUGGGCGAAGUUGGGCACCAACGGUAAAUUUAGGGUUCUCUGCGGUAGAUAGUUUUGACAACCCUUAUUUUCAAUGAAUGAACAACAUUGUUAACGGGGUUCUUAAAUUAGGUACGCGGGAGAAUAUGUGACUCUUAGUAAGAGGCAUAAAAAUGGCGUAUAGUUUCCUCUUAUCUACUAGACUCACUAUCUCUUCUGAAAUUCUUAUUUUAGUGAAUGAAUUUUUAUUUUCCCGCUAUUCAAAUUGUGGCCAUUACCUAUUGCAAAAUAAAAAAAACUUUGAGUUAAUGCAACUAUCAAACUGCAUCAUUAUGCCCAUCUUAUUAACAACCGUCAAAGCAAGAUCGGCAGGGCUAUGAUGCUUUGGUCACCAUAUCAUUAAUCAUUUAACGCGUGGAAUGACGAUUAUCAUAUAAUGACUUAAGAGGAUACGGGAGCUGAGAUUUAAAUAUUUUACGUGAAUAUAUCCGUCUACUAGUGCGAUGAGGACAACGCCAGGUUAGGCGAAAAAUCUUGCGUAAUAAUCUCAAAAAACGAUGUUUCGUACUCGACUGUUUCCUCCUCCGAAACUUAACCAAAUGUAACGAAAUUUUGAGAUCUAAGUGUUAAUGAAAUUAUCUGUGUCGGAAUGUUUUGCUUUUUAGGCUAAUUGAUGUCAGUUUUGAAUACCAUGCUUCUCUAUGCCGUCUAGAAAAUUAGGUUAUUUUUGCGAAUAUUUGAAGUGCACUAGCGUCAUAAGAAACAAAAAUAUGAAAAAAAAGCAAAACAGACCGACACAGAUAUUAUUAAUAAUAAUCUGUGAAGAAAAAUCAUUGCUCUAGCUUCAAAAACCACGGAGGAAACAGUCGACUACCUUUGUAUGGAGAAAUGACCACUCCUGUUGCCUCUUAAUUCGGUAUAAAGUCACGAGGAUAUAGGUAGGCGACUAACGAUAGCGUGACAGUGUUAAGAGUUUGAAAAAUUUUUUUUUAACUCGAUGACUUAAAGCGUAUUUUAAAGAAUAGAUGAUUGAAGUUUGUAUCCACAAGUGGAUGUAGAUCAGAUAAAUAUAAUGUGGUAAUGCAGAUCAGAUAGAUAUACGGGAGCUGCAUACUUGACUUACACAUAUCAAUUUAAAAUUUUAUAUACCUACUCAUGUAAGAUAUGAAUACAAAAAGGUUUUAUUACAAACAUCCUCAAAAUUGGCACGCUGGCGUAAAGCGAGAAAUAUCAAAUUUUUAUGGUCACGAAUUAACAUACAAGGCGAGCAAAUGCAAGUAUGACGAGGAGGAAACUUUUAAUAUAUUUUUAUGAAAGGCCUUUUUUCGCGAGAACCCUGAAUGAUUAAUGUCUGACACUUCAGCGGGCUCCGCAGCUAAUUCCCAGAACUUUUCAUAGAUAUAUAUAUAUUUUAUAAUUAAGCCCUUAAUUUGUUGAUCUCUGAGAUUUGUAUUUUAAAGAAAAAGAAUUUCGUAAUCUGAGCACUUUAGGGAAAAAUAAUUGAGAUAGAUACAUACACUAAUUAAGGUAUAAUAAAAUAAUUGUUAGUACUCUUAAUAUAAAGCGCAUUUUUUUAAAUAAACUA